AUGGAGAACAUCCCUAGCAACCCUAGAGCAACCAAGCGUUCAAAAGGCUGCAAGAUAAUUCUCAAGGACCGACGUCGGGGAAGGGAAGAAGAUCAACAAGUCACUUUCUCCAAACUCCGCAGUGGAUUGUACAAAAAGAUCAGCGAAUUGAGCAUCGUUUGUGCUAUCGAAUUUAUUGUCAUGAUCUUAUCUCCAUCAGGGAAGCUCUUCUCUUUUUCUUCUCCGAACAUGGAGUUAAUUGCAAUGAAAUUACUUAAUAACAAGAAACUCGAGAGAAAUACGGUAACAAAUUCUCUUAUGGAUGAGUCAUUUCGAGAAAAUAUGGCUAGACUAACUAGCCAACUUGUAGAGGUGAUGAAUCUUUUGGAUAAGGAAAAAGAAAGAGAAAAACAAAUAGAUAAAAUGGUAAGAGCACGUAAAAUAAAAUCAAUUAUUGAUACUCCUAUUUCGGAUCUCAAUGAGAGUGAUGCUCAAAUGUUGGAGGAUUGGCUCAAGAAAGUUCAGAGUGAUUUGUAUGCAAGGAUGAAACAACUCAGCGAAACUAAGGUGCGUUAUUUUUAA